UUCUAUUAGUGGGCAAAGAAAGUCAUUUGGAGACGAUGCUUUUCGAUUUGGUUAAUGUGGGAAAAUAUGGCUAAGAAAGAGAUGGUUGUUUUUAUUUUUUCCCACUUGGGACUUUUUUUUCCCUCUAGUCUACCAUUCACCGAGAGAGAUGAGUUUGUUUUGGUGGGGGUAGUGGAGGAGAGAGAAAGAGAGUCCAUGAAUGUGUGUGAAUGAUUGAAAUAGGGGCAGGAAGAGAGAUAGAGAGAGAGAGAAAGAAACCAGGUAUUGAUGAUGCUUUUUGCCAAGCUUUCUCACACUGGCCUCGUCUAUGCUGUAUUGGGGCAGUUGGAGAGAUGGGAGUUCUUGGGGUACCUUUUUGCAACCAGCUCUGAGUCUUAGGUUUGCUUUCGUUUUAAACCUGGCCGAUAUCAAUAAAAAGAAAGUUUUCAAAUAAACAAUUACAUUAUGCAGAGAUAUUGUGUGGUUCUAUGAAUAUAUUUAUAUAGAGCGCAAGGAAGGAAGAUUUCUUUUGCCGACAAGAACCCAAAUUCCGGUCUUAAUGGAGAGAGAUGAUCGAUGAUCCUAUUUUGUUCUUUGUUCAUACGAGGAAAGGUCGGAGCAGCUUGGAUCUUCGAUCUUGUGGAAGCCACGAGCGACAAAGGAGGGGAAGCAGAAGAAGAAAAAGAAGAAGAAGAAGAAGAAGAAGAAGAAGAAGAGGAAGGAGGAGGCAACAUGUGGGAUCUCAACGACUCGCCUGACCAAAGGAGGGAGGAGGAAUCCGAAGGUUGCUCUUCGCAGAAGACGUCCUUCGACGGAGAUGACGACAAGGGCAAAGGCAUCGGAUCCGUUUCCAAUGAGAAUUCGAGCUCCUCGGCUGUGGUUAUAGAAGAGGGAUCGGAUGAUGAUGACGAGCGCGGGGGAAGACGGAAAAGGAGUAGUAAGAUCUUCGGCUUCUCGGUGACCCACGAUGACAACUGUUCUUCGGAGAGCGAACCUGUAGUCAUGACCCGUCAGUUUUUUCCAGUCGAGGAGCCGGAAAUGGGGGCGCCCCCUGCUGUUGUUACGGCUCCCUUGCCACGAGCUCACUGGGUUGGCGUCAAAUUCUGUCAGUCGGAACCUCUUGCUGCCGGUAGACCCAUGGAAGUAUCCCAGCCCAUGAAGAAGAGCCGGCGAGGGCCAAGGUCUAGAAGCUCACAGUAUCGUGGCGUUACCUUUUACAGGAGAACCGGCCGUUGGGAGUCCCACAUAUGGGACUGUGGAAAGCAGGUUUAUUUGGGCGGAUUCGACACAGCCCAUGCAGCUGCUCGUGCAUACGACAGAGCAGCCAUAAAGUUCCGGGGAGUAGAGGCGGAUAUAAAUUUCAGUCUUGAUGAUUAUGAGGAAGACCUGAAACAGAUGAGCAAUCUAACCAAGGAGGAAUUCGUCCAUGUACUUCGCCGCCAAAGCACUGGCUUUCCUAGAGGAAGCUCUAAAUAUAGAGGCGUUACUUUGCACAAAUGUGGAAGAUGGGAGGCUCGAAUGGGCCAGUUCUUGGGCAAAAAAUAUGUUUACCUGGGUCUUUUCGACACCGAAAUUGAAGCAGCUAGGGCUUAUGACAAAGCUGCAAUCAAGUGCAACGGGAAGGAAGCUGUGACCAACUUUGAUCCGAGUAUAUACGAAGAUGAACUCAAUUCUACUGGAAACGAUGCGGGCCACAAUCUUGAUUUAAGCUUGGGCAGUUCUACCCUGAAGCGAGAUGGUUCUGAAUUGGGGGUGGGUGAUCCACGAUCCUCGUCAACGCCAUUCGAGCCUAAUUGGGGGAUCAACAACCGGAUCUUUAGGUCCAAGGUGGUGCAGGAUGAGCGAUGUAGGAACAGUAGUGGUUCUCAGUCUCAGAGACGAGAAGGGAGCGGGGAGAGCGAGGCUACCAGGAUGCUGAACCAAAUCCACAUUCAGUCCCCGUUAUCGAUGAAGACCAAUGAGAUGCUAAGACAUGGGCAGUUCAGGAGAAUCGGAGACGCUCCAGCUCCAAUGGUCCACAUACUGCAACCACACUUGAAUCCUCCCAAUUGUCAAUUCCCGAGCUGCAGCGACGGCGAUGGGCAAAUUGGAGGUGGUCUGUCAUUAGCGACAGGCGAUUCGCAACAACGGCAAUCAUCGGGAUGGAACCAUCGAGGCAGCGGUAUUAGCUGGGUUUCUGCUGGUUCUUCACCCCAAGUGUUGGCGACCACUGCAGCAUCAUCAGGAUUCCCAUCAACGCAGAUAAGUUGGCUGCAGAGGAACGGGUUCCACUCUCUCACGGGACCCACCUGACCCCUUCUGCGUCAGCCAUUUCUCUCGUUUCAGUGUUCAGUCCUCUUCCAACCCCAGUUCCAAUUGUUAGUCACUCCCGAUCAGUAAAAAGGUCGAAAGAAUUUUCUAUACUUGAGAGAACUAGGUGGGGGAACCGGGAACGAACGAGCGAGCGAUGUUAGUCGUCACUCGUCAGUCAAACAAGCAAACGGGAGCUCCCCCAAUGAGAGUCGAUUCUGACCUUUUAUUUUUUUCUGUUUUAACUGCUUACUCUACUGCUGAUCUGAUUUGAUUUGAUUUGAUUUGCACCUUUAGUCAGUCUAAUAGUUUAUUAUAUUAUUACUGUUGUUAUUAUUAGCAAAACCAA